AGGCGGUGAAGCUAUACCAUUGGAUACCUUAUUCGAAGCAGAAUCGGCUCCGAGCGAAUCUGACUACGGUGGAGAAAGGGUACCGGAUUAUGAAGAGAAAACAAUUAUGACGUAACAAGCGCUAUUGAGGAAGUCAUGUCCGACAUUGUGCCAGUGAAUGUCUUGGAUAAAAUUGAGAAAAUUCCGUCGCUUUCGAGACUUGAAGUUACCCUAACUAUCAGAGGGGAUGUUACUCUGGAAGGUAGAACAAUUGAAGAUGACCGGAUGCGACAUGGACGAAUGGUUGAAUUUAUUCGGAACUUGGAUACAGUCACUGAAUUUGAGAAUAAAGCAAGAACAUUGUCAAUAAACGUCAUCAACACAACUAUCAGCGAAUAUUUAACAUAUCAGGACGGUACUUACGCUGCAACACAAGACGAACUCUUAUGUCCAAUCGGUACUAUACAGAAGAGUCGUGCGUUUUGUGUCAACUGUCCCGUUGGCACCUACUAUGACGUCAUUUCAGCUGAUUGUAUCAGUUGUCCGAUUGGAUUUUACCAAGAUCACGAAGCCCAGCUGAGUUGCCAACCUUGUCCUACACGUACAAUGACGAAAGGGAUACAUUCAAGAGAUGUCGCGGAUUGUAAAGAUUUGUGUCAGCCUGGAUUUUUCUCAGAAUUUGGAAUCGAAGUUUGUAAAUCUUGCCCAAAAGACACCUUUGUUGAUUUCUAUGGUGCGACAUCUUGCGGAAAAUGUCCGACUGGAACAGGCACCGUUGGUCGAGCUUCUAACUCUGCUGAUGAUUGUGGAGAACUUUGUAAACCUGGAUACGUUUCGAUUGAUGGAUUCACUCCGUGUCGUCUAUGUCCCGUUGGAUCUUUUCAAAAUGAAAUGGGAAAAACAUUUUGCAAUGUUUGUCCCGUCAAUGAAGGACUCAACAUGGACAAUUUUGUACAAUGUGAAGAAGGAGAAAUGGACGACGAAGCGUUACUUGAAGCUCUUUACUACAAUGAAUGCUUUGCAAAACCAUGCAAGAACAACGCAUCAUGCUCUGGGCACGGAACUACAUUCACAUGCACUUGCCAACCGGGAUAUUCAGGUGAUGUUUGCGAGAUUGAUAUUGAUGAAUGUUCUUUACACAUAUGUGCAGAAGGUUCCACAUGCAUCGACGAAAUUAACGGAUUCAGUUGUGAAUGUGCGCCGGGAUACGAAGGAGAAUACUGUCGCAUUGAAACAGACGAAUGUCAAAGUUCACCCUGCAACAAUGGAGCUACUUGCGUCGAUCUCCUGAAUGAAUUCAGUUGUGAAUGCAAUUCUGGUUUCAUCGGCGAUCUAUGUGAGGUGGACAUCGACGAAUGUGCAUCGAAUCCCUGUCAUCACAACGGCACAUGCGUAGAUAGGGUUGCCAGUUUUCAUUGCAACUGCUCCGAAGGAUUUGAAGGAGUAAUGUGUCAGACUAAUAUCGAUGAUUGUGCCUCCGAUCCAUGUCUAAACGGAGCCACCUGUGUUGAUGGGAUAAAUGAUUUUGAAUGUGUUUGCAAACCAGGCUAUGCCGGUGAUUACUGCGGUGAAAAUAUAAACGAAUGUUCCAGCAAUCCAUGCGUGAAUGGAGAAUGCCUCGAUCUCAUCAAUUCUUACAAAUGUCUUUGUCCCCCGACUUACAUUGGACAACAUUGUGAAGAAGUUGGCGAUCCAUAUUUCGAUUUAUACUUUGGAAAACCCAACACCUACCAUCAUGUAAAACUUGAUUACGCUCUUGGGAACAUGACUGAAGUUACUGUAUCAUUUUAUCUUCGAUCAAACGAUACCGAAACAUACGGAACCCCGUUUUCCUACGCCAUCGGAGAUGGAAUAGAAGCAGACACUCUGACAUUGACAGAUUUAACAGCACUGACUUUAUAUGUAAAUGGGGAAUUUGCUGUCAGUGACUCGAGACCAAUCAACGAUGGUCGCUGGUAUUUGGUCACCAUUGUGUGGACAAGCGAAGGUGGAAAUUGGUACAUUUACCUAGAUGGUUUGUUGGAAGACAGUGGGGAAGGCCUGGCAACUGGCCAAACCAUACCUGGAGGUGGUGUUCUAGUGAUUGGACAGGAACAAGACUCGCUUGGUGGAGGCUUCUCUGCUUCUCAAGAAUUUUUAGGAACAAUCUCACACUUCAACAUACACGAUCGGGCCUUCACUCCGAACGACGUAAUACUUCUCUGGAGAAAUUGCGCCAACCAUGUUGGAAACGUUCGAGCGUGGCCAGACAUUGGAGACGGAAUUAUUGGAAAUAUCGAAAGAAGACCGACAGAGUUUUGUCGACCCUGUCCCACGAUUGAAUCAGACGAAGGGACAGUUGUAGAACACACAAAUGAUUACACCAUUGAAGUGAGAUGUAAUCUUGGGCAUGAACUGGCGUAUAAAACCAGGAAAAUAAUCAAAGUGUUCACGUUUCGCUGUGGGAGUGACAGUGUUUGGAAAGCAAGAGGAGUAAAUGUGGAUGCCGAUCUGAUUAAAUGUUUAAAAGUAUCUUGCCCUAGUCCCAAAGAGAUACAUCUCGGAUCAGUGUCGUCCACUGGAACAAAGUACGGCGAUGUUACGACUUACUCGUGUGAUAGUGGAUAUGAAAUAAUUGGUGAAGCCAUUAGGACAUGUGAAGCUAAAAAGAGAUGGUCUGGUAGGAUUCCAUCAUGUGGAGAUAUCGAUGAAUGCGAUUAUGAAGAUUCCUGUCAUAGGAAAGCAAGUUGUACCAACUCAAUUGGAAGCUAUUCGUGUGCUUGUGUGUACGGAUGGAAAGGUGACGGCCACUCAUGCCGAGAAAUAAAUUGUGGUGGUGCAGGGAGUCUACAGUUCGGUUCUAUACAGGGAAAUAAUUUCAAACUCGGCGGAAUUGUUCGAUAUUCUUGUGACUAUGGCUAUAGAUUGGAGGGAACAGACGAAAGAACUUGUCUCGAAGACGAUACCUGGUCAGGCGAGAUGCCAGUUUGCGUCAAAGUUGAAUGCGCGGAACCAGAUGACGUCAGACAUGCAAGUAAAAGACCAGAGAACGUAACAAGAAGUUAUAAAAGUCAAAUCACUUAUAGAUGUCAUCCUGGACAUUAUAUGAUCGGAAAUGCAACAAGAGAAUGUGGUCCCGACUCUCAAUGGACAGGCGUUCUCCCAUCUUGCGAGAGAGUGUCAUGCUCCGAUCCACCAAUAGUAGCGAAUGCAAUCACAAUUAAAGAUGGCGGAAUCAAAUAUCAGGAUAUCGUUCACUAUGUUUGUGAACAAGACUACAUACAACUGGGCGACUCGGAACUCACUUGCAAUGCGAGUAAAAUUUGGGAAGCUGAAACUGGGAAACAUCCUGUCUGUGAACAUCCAACUUGCGGCAAACCACCGCCCAUUAUAAAUGGAGAAUAUGAAAUAUUGCAAGUUGGAGAAUCUACAGUAACCGGUGCAACAUAUACAUACGCAACACAAGUUCAAUACUCAUGUAGUACUGGAUACAACAUUGCUGGUGAAUCGAUUCUUAACUGCAUAGAAGAUGGAGCCUGGGACAGAAGAACACCAAGAUGUGACAUUGUAUCAUGUGGUCCUCCACCAGUGGUUAAAAAUGCUGAUCGAGAAUAUAACGAUGUGUUAUACAAUGAUCUUGCCAAUUACAUAUGUAGACAGGGAUACGUUAUGGAUGGAGUUGCCGCUCUCACUUGCCUUGCAUCUGGAAAAUGGACAGACGAAAAUCAAGUCAAUCCAACAUGCAAUCCAAGAAGUUGUGGAGAACCCGACAUUGUUUCUCAUUCUCAAAUGUCACUAUCUGGUGCUGAUGGUUAUGUGUAUAAGGCAGUUGUGAUUUUUGAAUGCGACCUCGGAUAUCGUCCAACAGGGAUUGACACAAUCAGUUGCAACACUGAAGGAAGUUGGGUGCCAGAACAAAACUUUCAAUGUCAUUUGGUAACUUGCUCAGUUCCACACUCUCCAGAACAUGGAAGCACUUCAAGACUUGAUCCCUUCUUUGCCUUCACCUACGAAUACAACAACACUAUCAUGUACUCAUGCGACGCCGGAUUUUAUCCUGAAGGCGUAUUGGAAUCAAGAUGUACAGAGCAUGGUACUUGGUCAUAUUCUCCCCCUGUCUGUCUGCCUGUUGCUUGUCCCUUGCCAGAUGAUGUCGUAAAUUCUACCUUUGUUAUCGCUGAUGGUGUGUAUGGCGAAGGUGCGGUUUAUGGUAGCAGUAUACAAUAUACAUGUGAUAGUGGAUAUCAACUCUCGUCUGGUGAUUCCAUUAGAGAUUGCUCAACCACAACUAUGUGGACAGGUGUUGCCCCAAUUUGUAGUCGUGUGGGGUGUGGUUCGUUUCCUGAACUAGAGUUUUCAACAGCAACUUACAAUUUGUAUGAUGUGAACACCGAUGCCGCAACCUUGUAUUAUCUUGAUGAGAUUGAAUAUGUUUGUGAUGUUGGGUUCUUUAUGGUUGGAAAAAGCAUUGUUCAGUGUACAUCGGAAGCAGUGUUUUCACAACUGCCAUCAUGCCAACCUGUAUCAUGUGGAACACCUCCUGCUGUUCUAUAUUCCACUUUAACAGUGAAUGAUGUCUACGGAGAAAACGUUUAUCAAAGUUCUGCAACAUACAUUUGUGAAAAUGACUUCAGAAUGGAAGGGAAUCCAACCAGCGUUUGCAAUCAAUUUGGAAUCUGGGAAAAUGAUGAUCCGACGAUAUGUGAACCAAUAAUCUGUAUUGAACCCGAUUUGGUAUCUAAUGCAAUUCAGUUUGUUUCGUCAUCAAUUGAUGACGUAGCUCAUCCAGAAAUUUACAAAACAGGAAAAUAUCAACCAAGAUCAGCAGCAAUUACGGCUUGUGAGAAAGGAUUUGAGAUACAAGAAGCAGUUGCUUACUUGAAAUCAGCACGCUCAAUUAGUGAUAAAGAAUUGGCUCGAGGAAUAACUGAAGAAUCAAUCGGAAAUCUAAAUAAUCUUAAUCAAGCAAGAGUGAAGAAAAUCUUGGCAAAAUUGUUAGAUGAAUCUCCACAACCAAUGGCUUUGAAAUCAGCUGGAUCUGAUCUUGUUGUACAAUCUGUGCCAACAACGUUAUUUAUUCAGCAAUGUUCUGAAACAGUUGGUUGGUUGAAAUCAGCACCUAAAUGCAAACCUAUGCUUUGUUCAUUGCCACUGGAGUUGGAGAAUGGACACUUUGUUAUUGACACACAAGAAACUGAGCGGCCUGCAUACAACACUGAGGUACAAUACAAAUGCAACGAAGGUUAUAAAUUUUCCGAUUCCGAUUCUAUUGAUGACAUUCGAUCAGUUCGAUGUGAUUGGAGUGAUGACCUUUGGAAUGUUUACUUGACAUCUCUUCCUGAAUGUUUGCCUCUUCCUUGUCCACUCCCAAUUGAAAUUGAUCAUGGCUCCUAUUCUGAACCUAAUGGGGAAAGCUUUGUUUUUAAAGAUGUGGCAUUGUAUACUUGUGAUGAAGGCUUCGAAAUGACUGGUUUAGCUGAGAUAACAUGCGAAUCAUCACAAUCAUGGAGUAAUGAUCCACCUACUUGCUCUCCUGUCAAAUGUCCUGAACCAGUUGCUCCGAUAAACGGGAGAGUGAAAGGAAAGACUUGGAUUUAUCAGUCUGUCAUUUCGUUCAAAUGUGACAGAGGUUAUAACUUGAACGGUACAAGAAACUUGACAUGUCAAUCGGAUAGAACUUGGUCGGCCCCGUUUGCAGUUUGUGAUCCAGUGCCAUGUGGUGAACCUCCUGAAGUCGAAAACUCAAAUGUGUUUACUACUUCAGAAGUUUUUAAAGGAUGUGCCAUUUACACGUGCAAACAUGGUUUCUACUUGAACGGAUAUCCAAAGCUUCGAUGUACUGCUGCAGGACAUUGGCAGAAAAAUCUUCCAACUUGUAAUUUCAUGUUGUGUCCUAAACCUCCAGUUACUUCACAUGUAGUCUUUGCCGAUUCGGUUUUGUCAACUCUGUUCUCUGAUAGAUCAAGUGGCAAUUAUAUUUAUGAUGAUGUUGUAACAUAUUCAUGCAAAGAAGGAUAUGAGACCCAUGAUAAAAACGAUUUGUCUGCAGUUUGUCUCACUGGAGAAAAUAUUCCAAACAUUCCAACUUGCGAUGGACACAUUGAUUAUGUAACUGAUGUGAUUGAUGGAUAUUGGUCAAGAUGGCCUCCUGUAUGCACAGCAAAAGAUUGUGGUCCACCUCCUUCCCCACAUAAGAAUGGAUUGAUGUUUGGAACUGAAACAACUUUCAAUCACACUGUUCAUUAUCGCUGCAAGAAUGGUUAUUACACAUUAGACUGGGAUACAACUGCAACAUGCCUAGCACAUGGUGGUUGGUCAAAACUGUUGUCUCCUAGUUGUCUGCCAGUGUCUUGUGGUGAACCAGGAACACCGAAGCAUGGAUAUUACAAUGGAACUGUCUACACAUAUCAAGAGAUUGUUGAGUAUGGAUGCGAUGUCGGAUAUGAUCUUGUUGGAACACAAACACUAAGAUGCCAAGCAACAGCUGGAUGGGAUGGCACACCACCUAUCUGUGAACCUGUGGAUUGUGGGAGGCUUCCACUCAUUAAGCAUGGUGAAUUGGAAUUUGAAGAUACGAUUCUUGGGGAAGAAGCAAUCUACUCUUGUGUUCUUGGUUAUUACAUGGAAGGAAACCCAGUAAUUGAAUGCAUGUCAUCUGGCAAAUGGUCUCACCCUCAACCACCUACAUGUUUGCCUGUUGAUUGCGGAGAACUUGUUGCUCCUAUGAAUGGAAGUGUAAAAGCGACUGGGCAUGUAUUCAAACACACAGCAAAUUACUCUUGUUCACCCGGGUAUGAUUUGAUUGGAGAAAGCAGUAUAGAAUGUUUAUCAAGUGCAAGCUGGUCUUCCAUGCCACCUUCCUGUCAACCUGUAGACUGUGGAGUUAUUGGGAUAGUUGAGAACUCGGAAAUAGUUUCUGAUGAAUUAGGAACAACAUUUUUAUCUAGAAGAAAAUAUGAAUGCAAUAUAGGAUACGAAAUGAAAGGGAAAGAUGUUGUUUUGUGCAUGUCUUCAGCUACGUGGUCUAAAUUGCCAGCAUGUACAAGAGUAAAAUGUCCAUCACCAAGACGACCAGAAUUUGGACAGAUUUCAGUAGGAAUAAGUACAGAAUACAGAUACCAAGAUAUGAUCGAGUAUUCCUGUAACCAAGGUUAUAUUCCCAGUGGUGGAACAACAACAAGAUGCACAGCAGAACGAUCAUGGAUGGAACCACCCCCUGUAUGUCAUCCAGUAGACUGCGAUGGACCACCAGAUGUUGAGCAUGGACUAAAAUCUGGACGGAAGAGCACCUUCAUGAGCGUCAUUACAUAUUCUUGCUUGCCUGGAUACUAUCUGCUUGGAAAUUCAUCUCUUGAAUGCUUACACACUGGUGAAUGGAAUGUACUUCCUCCUACAUGUCAUAAAGUAAGUUGUGGUAAACCACCGCACCUGGGACAUGGAACGAUAUCUGGAUCUGAAACUCCUGAUGACUGGACUUUUGAAAGCCACAUUCUCUUCGCCUGUAAAACAGGAUAUCACCUGCACGGAGGAUCGGGUGCUGAAUGCAGUGAAGACGGUGAAUGGAUUUACGACUUCAAUUACUACGAUGAAGAUGCAUCGAGUUAUGGUGAAAAAGUUCAAGUUCCAACAUGUGAAAUUAUUCGUUGUCCAGACCCUCCUGUGAUUGAACAUGGUUCUUAUAAAACUAAGAAUUAUACAUAUGGACAUCAAGUCGUUUAUGAAUGUGAUGAAGGAUAUGAAAAAGUGGAAACUGAAGUUGUUUUAUGUACUGGAAAUGAUUCAACAUCAUUGGGAAUUUAUAUUGGAGAAGCACCAUCUUGCAACCCAGUAUCUUGUGGAAAUCCGAAAGAAAUUGAUCAUGGGCAUGUUUCUUAUGAUGAAAUUACAUAUGAAAGUAUUGCAGAUUACUCUUGUAAUGAUGGAUAUAACACAAUUGGGAACACAGCGGCAAUGUGUAUGGCUAACAAACGUUGGUCAUCUUUUCCUAAGUGUGAACCCAAGAAUUGUGGAACUCCUACGCUACCAGUCAAUUCAAACAUUACUGUAACUUCUACUUUAUUUCCAACGACAUUAGAAGCAAAAUGUGAAGAUGGAUAUGAAUUACUUGGAGAAGACAGAAUGCAAUGCACAUCUGCAGGUAUUUGGUCAAAUGAGAACAUGUUUGCUUGUGCUCCAGUAUCAUGUGGCGAACCGGACAAUCUCGAAAAUGGAGUUAAAACUGUUCAAGGAACAUUGUUUAAAAAUACAGUAGUAUAUGAGUGUUUGCCGGGAUACAACUUGAUUUCACGAGGAGUCGACUCAGUCGGCAACGCUGUCACUCUAAGAUGUCAGUCUGAUGCAACAUGGGAAGCCGGGUUACCUUUAUGUGAUCCUGUUGUAUGCGGAGUUCCUCCUACUAUAGAGAAUGGUGUCGGCGAUCCCAACAUUUCAGUUUCAUUUCUUCAAAGAGUUCAAUAUGAAUGUAAUGAAGGAUAUAGUUUUGGUUGGUUUGCUCAGACAGAGAUUGAAUGCACUGCUGAAGGUACAUUUUCUGGGUCUGCUCCACAAUGUUUCCCAGUUUCUUGCGGAACUCCAAGAUCCUUGAAUAAUGCAAUAGUUGCCGCUGAUGCAUACACAUUCCAGAAUAUUGCAACUUAUACUUGCUUGUAUGGAUAUGUUAUGAGUGAUGACGAUUAUGGAUUAGCGGAAAUUUUCCGGUCUCAAUGCACUUCUUCUGGAGUUUGGAAGCCAUUACCACCACAUGAAGGUUGCGUGCCUUAUCAGUGUGGACCUCCACUUAUACUGCAGAAUGCGGAAACUCCACCUUACACUGAAAAUACAUAUUUUGGUGAUCUGUUUACAUAUACUUGUGUGGAAGGUCAUGAAGCUGCUGAAAACAGCACAACAGUCACUUGCAAGAGAUAUGGAGAAUGGUCAACUGGACCUGAUUGUCAACCUGUUGAUUGUGGGCUUAGAGAAUGCCCAGAUAAUGGAUUCUGUGAGAACACUGGAACUAUAUUUCAACGUACUUUUACUGCAAGAUGUGAUACUGGCUAUGAAUUUGAACCUAAUAUCAGAGAAUUUACAGUUGAAUGCUUGGCUGAUGCAAGUUGGAGCAUGCCUGAAAAUACAGAUACUUUUGAAGAAUGCACUCGUAUGUCAUGUGGUCCUCACCCAACUAUCAAACACGGAAGAGGAAUUUCAGAUUUACCCGAUCUAGAGGCACAACUUUAUGGUUCUAGAAUACAAUAUGUUUGUGAUCCAGGCUACGAGUUGCUUGGUACAGAAGACAGUAUUGUAUGUAAUGGGACCUGGUCUCCUGAUCCACCUGAAUGUCUACCAAAAGAUUGUGGCGAUCCACCUUCUUGUAUAGAGAAAGCAAAUUGUACUUUUGAAACUACAACAUUCAAAUCCUCAUUCACUGUUUCCUGUAACGAAGGAUAUGAGUUAGAACAAGACAUUCCAGUAAAAGAUUUGAAAUGUGGUGAAAGUGGUGAAUGGGAGAGACCAGAGGAACAAAAUUUUGCAUGUCUACCAUUGGAAUGUGUUGCAUUGCCUGCUAUAAAACAUGGGCAUCCAUUACGGGAUAUUGCAAGAAACAAUCCUACAUAUCAGGAAAAGAUUGGAUAUGAAUGUGAUGUAGGUUAUUACGUUGAAGGUAUCUUUGAGGUUGCUUGCCAAAGUGACAGAACUUACACUGAAGUACCACAAUGUCUUCCAGUGUCUUGUGGAAACCCAGUAGAAUUAGUGAACGGAGUAAUUGAUUCCACAGGCAACACAUAUGAACAUGAAGCAACGUAUCAAUGUGAUCCUGGUUAUUACAUGGAGGGAGCAAGGCAAUGGAUUUGUGAGUCAAAUGGAGAAUGGAAAACAAAAGUUUCUGUCACAAAAGACAUUGUUCCACUCGGAAGAAUGGCAGCUCCUUCUGAUUAUUCAACACGUCAGCUACAGGCAAUGCUAAGUGAAGCUUCAGGAAUGAAUAGAGAAAAUGUGGAUUCACAAACAAAUGUUGAUAGAAAUACAAAAAUGGAACCAAUUGUUGACUCAGCUUCACGAUCUAAAAGAAAUGUUGAAAUUGUUUUUGCAGAAGAACAUGGAUCAGGGUCAAAUAUUCUUGAAAAAACACUUCCACGAUCAGUAGUAGUAGCCUUUGCAGAACCCAUAUACACAUUGGAUCGUACACCAUCCUGUCAUCCAGUAUCUUGUGGUUUUCCACCUGAUGUUACCCACUCUUCACAAACACAAAGUGAUGUAGUGAUGGUGUAUAAGGAUUUUAUUACAUACAAGUGUGAACCAGGCUUUGAACUUCGAGGAGAUGCGACUUUGCAUUGUCAAGCUACUGGAACAUUUGGCCCGAAUCCUCCGCCAUCUUGUGUUCGUGUUCAAUGUCCCAUACCAGAAGUGAAGAAGCAUUGUGAAAUGAUUGGUCCAGAAAUAUUCAAAUAUGAGGGGUCUCUAAUUUAUAGGCCUCUGAAAGGUUAUGAAUUCUCUGCCUCAUCGGAAACUGAGUUCAUUUCGAUUUCUUGCAUGGAGAAUGGUAGAAGUGACAUUACCGAUUUACCAAACUGCGCGCCAGUGUCAUGUGGCAUCCCACCUACGCCAUUGAAUGGAAGGUUUAAUGCCACAGGUCUAACUUACCAACAAACAGCAACAUAUAGUUGUGAAGCUGGUUACGAAUUAGAUGGACUUGGAAUCAUAAAAUGCUUAUCAACCAGAGAGUGGUCUCCGAGAGCUCCCGGAUGCAGACCGGUAUCAUGUGGUCAACCACCAUCUUUACACCUAGGAUCAAUGAAAACUUCUUCCGGAAAUUUUGACCCGUAUUCCUACGGUCAAUCAGUGAAAUAUGAAUGUGAUGAAGGAUAUAGAUUUGAUUCCGUUGAAGAUCAAGGUAUCUUCACAAUCAACUGCGAGCACAAUCGUAGAUGGGAUACUUCACCACCAGAGUGCGUACCUGUUCCAUGCCCUGAAUUACCAGUUUUUAUGCAUGGCCAAUUCAAUAUUUCUGGAGAAUCAGUAUUCGGUGCAAAAUCUUAUUUUCAAUGUGAUAUCGGCCAUGAAAUGGAGGGAGAAUCAUUACUGCUGUGUGAAGCAUCUGGAUCAUGGUCAAGCAGUCCACCAAUAUGCAGUCCGGUAUCUUGUGAUUUGCCUCCUAGAGUUUUGCAUAGUGGACAAGAGUUCACCACCACUCCUUUGAUCUAUGGACAAAGUAUGACUUAUGAAUGUCUGCCUGGUUAUGAAUUAGAAGGAGCAUCAACAUUGACUUGCCAAGAGGACCAAACGUUUGACUACCCCACUCCAACUUGCACUCCCGUUGAGUGUCUUCCACCGCUAGAUCUGGAAUUUGGAAGAUACAUGAAAAAUGCAGGAGGAUUUUUCUACAAAAGUUCUAUUACAUAUCGAUGUGAUAUUGGAUAUAAAAUGACAUCAGAAGAAGACGAAAAACAGUUCAAGACUGUUACAUGUGAGUGGGAUAAAAGUUGGACCAGUGGACCUCCUACAUGUGAAAUAAUAUCAUGUGAAGAUCCAGGGACAUUGGAAAAUGGAUAUGCUGAUUUUGUUGCAACAACAUUUGGAUCACUCGUUGCUUUUUCAUGUGAACUAGGCUACGAAAUACAAGGAAAUUCAACCAAACUUGGAUACUGCUUGGACACUCACAUAUGUAGAGUCUGUCAAGCAAAUGGAUUAUGGGGAACAGGAAAUUCUGAAAUCCAGCAAGAAUUACCAAUUUGUAUUCCUGUAUCAUGUGGGGAGCCGCCAGCAUUAGAAAAUGCAAGGUCCGAAACAGACAAUCACGUAUAUCGAGGCGUUACAAACUACACCUGUAAUGAAGGAUUUGAGAUUACUGCAAUCGAAGGCCUACCAUGCUCAAUGAUAUCUUUGGAUUGCUGGUCAAAUGCACAAUGGGGUCCUUUACCACUACCUGAAUGCGAGAGAGUGAUUUGUCCUCCCCCAGUGGAAAUUGCAAACGGGAAUACACGAAUUGUUUACAAAAAGUCUGCAGAUUCUGAAGAGCUUGUGUUUGAAGAUAUAAUCACAUAUGAGUGUGAACAUGGAUACAUUGUAACAGCUCAAGAAAAUGUAACAUGUGGUGCCAAUAAGUUAUGGGACACCGACGUACCAAGUUGCAGACCAGUUGAUUGUGGACAACCUCCAACAAGGAAACAUGGAUAUUUGGUGGAUUCUGAAAAUAUUGAAACAACUUUUAACAACAUCGUUGUAUAUACAUGUGAUAAUGGUUAUGAGUAUGAUGGAAGCGAAGCAGAUAAUACAUUGUCUUGCACUGCUGAUGGAAUCUGGUCACAUACAGAACUACCAGCAUGUGAACCAAUUAGAUGUGUAAUACCAGAAAGUAUAGAACAUGGAUCGUAUACAUUGAACAAUGAGUUGAUGAUUUAUAGAAGCGAAGUAGAAUACCAGUGUGAUUCUGGAUAUGAAAUGUCAGGAGAAGGUGUUUUGUCUUGUCAAGCUAACAAGUCAUGGAAGCCUUCUAUCCCAACAUGUAAUCCAGUACCAUGUUCAUCACCGCCUCCAAUAUUACAUGGCUACGCAAUAUUGGAAACACCAACAACAUCAAUUAGAAUACCAACAAUCGAACUACCACCACCCGAUAUGCAUAUACCGAGUGAGAAAGCACCUACACAGUUAGACCCUGGUAGUAUUGAGAAGAGAGAUUUAUCGUCCGUUAAACGUCAUGUUUUUGGAGACAACGUGCAUUAUGAAUGUGAAACAGGAUACAAAAUAGCUGAUUUUAAAAAGGAUUUUGCACAAUGUGAUCAGAAUGGUAAAUGGGCAAAUAUGCCAACAUGUACUUUGGUAACAUGUGAAGCGAUACCAUCUAAAAAUCAUUCAGACCGUGUUGGUGAUCUCAUGACAUUCAAUGAAACAAUCUCUUAUGUUUGUGACGAAGGUUAUGCUUUAACAUCUGGUGACAAAUCAUUUGAUUGUAUCUGUGGUGCAGAUGGUCAUUUUGCGCCAGUAUCCUCAUCUGAAAACAGCAGUCUUUGUAGAAGGUCAUUGCCACAGUGUGAAAGAAUAUCAUGUGGGUCUGCACCUGAUGUGGAAAAUAGCUUAAUGGGUGAUAAGCAGGAUCAUUACUUGUUUGAGGAUACUAUUUCGUACACUUGCUUGGAAGGAUAUUUGUUGAAAGGAAGUUCAGAAAUUCAAUGUCGUGCUAAUGGAAAAUACAAACCUUCUCUACCAAUAUGUGAAAGAAUAUCAUGUGGUGUUCCACCUCCAGUAGACAACGCUGCUUCAAUUUUGGAAAGUGGAAUAAAAUACACUGAUAUUGUGAAAUAUGAAUGUUAUCCUGGUUUCCUACACAUGAAAAAAGAUAAAGCCAGCGUUUGUCAGUCUGAUGGAACCUGGUCAAACGAGUGUGUAAAAUGUGAUCCUGUCAACUGUACCAAUGUUGAUUCACCUGAACAUGGAGAAAUUGUUUCAUUCCAAGGAGUCACGUUUGGAAGUGCAGUUGUGUUUUCUUGCAAUGAAGGUUUUGAUCUUGUUGGUAAAGAAGUGAUAUCAUGUGAUUCAACUGGUAAUUGGACAGCAAAUACACCAGUUUGUGUUCGUAGGUUGUGUGAACAAGUACCAAGUAUAAAACAUGGGAUUCCAUCAGCUAAUUUAAUUUUUCCAAGAUAUGAAGAUGAAGUUCAAUUUAAGUGUAUGGAAGGAUAUGAAAUAAGAGGUAAUCCUGUCAUCACUUGCCAAGCAAAUGGAACAUGGACAAGUGUACCUCGGUGUAGAACAAUAAAAUGUUCGGGCAUCCCAACUGUUCCUAAUUCACUAUUUGAAAAUGAAAACAAUGAUGUUUUGAGAUAUGGUCAGCUGGUGUUUUAUGCAUGUAACCCUGGUUAUCAGCUUGGUACUGAUAUGAACACAAAAGCUUGCCAAGCUGAUGGUACAUUUUCUAGUGAAGUUAUAACUUGCGAAAGAAUACCAUGCCCACCAGUGCCAGAAAUUGCUCAAGGUUCUUCAUCAAUGCUGAAUGCAUCUUAUGGAGAUAAUGUCACUUACACUUGCAAUGAAGGUCACCGCAUUGUUGGAGUUGACAUUAUCAGAUGUGGAAUUCUGGGAACAUGGAUAGAUCCUUCCCCAACAUGUGAACCUAUAUCUUGUGGUGCAGCACCUGUGGUGGAAAAUGCAAUGGCUGUUUCAGAAACAGAAGAAUAUGUUUUUGAUGAGGACGUAGUUUAUGAAUGUAUAAAAGGAUAUGAAAUGAAUGGUUUACAAACAAAGCAUUGCUUAUCUGAUGGAACAUUUGAUGACACUGAUGUUCAAUGCUUACCAGUGAGAUGUGAAGAAAUCAUAAGCAUUACACAUGGAAUAUUCAAUGCUGAAGAAAUUACUUUCCUGAGUGAAGGAAUUCUGACUUGUGAACCUGGGUUUGAGCUAUCCUCUAGUAAUGAUGAAGAACAAUUCAUUUGUCAGGCAAAUAAGAAAUGGUCUAAAGACAUUACAGAGUACAAUUGUCUUCCAGUCGAAUGUUCCGAACUAAAUGUUUUCAGAAAUGGAGAAGUUGAAUUCACACAUUCACCAUAUAGAUCCUUGAACGAUAGUUCUCACGAAGAUCACAUUCAUGUUUAUGGAGCCAUUGCCCAGUUCUCAUGUCUGGAAGGCUAUACACUUGAGGGCUCUUCAACAGUUAGUUGUGAUACAAAUGGAAGAUGGUCGCACACUCAACCAACGUGUGUAUCUGUAUCAUGUGGAGAAGCACCAGUGGUUGAAAAUUCUGUUCCUCUAGAUUCCGUAUUCACGUUUGAAAUGGUCGCUGAGUAUCAAUGUAUUGAUGAUUACAUACUUGCUACUGGAGCAAAGUCUAGACUUUGUCAAGCUGAUGGCACAUUUUCAACAGAGGAAAUUGUGUGUGAGAAAAUUCAAUGCCCAUCUGUCCCAAACACGGAUCAUGGAACACCUUUGCUUGAAAAAUCAUUUGUUGGAGAUAUGAAUUUCUACAUUUGUGAACCUGGAUAUGAAUCUCAUUCAAGCUUCAUUUGUCUUUCGUCUGGUCAAUGGGAUUCAGAAUUAAACCCUUGCUUACCAGUUGAAUGUGAUUUCCCACCUGUGUUCGAAACAGCUAGCCUUGUAGAAGAUUCAGAGUUUGUUUAUGGAACGUUUGCUCAUUAUAUCUGCAACACUGGAUAUGUUCUUCCGGAUGGAACAAACCAGUUUAAACUGGUUUGCACUGAAAAUGGCUCUUUUGCACAACCAGAAUAUUUAUGUGCACCAGUGCAUUGUAAUCUUGAUAUGGAAAUAGAAAAUGGCAGAUUAUUUCAUCCAGAUGGAUUCACUACAUUUGGAGAUGCAGCUCUAAUGAUUUGUGAUGAAGGAUACACAAGCACAGGGUCGGAAGAUGUCCUUUGCACUGAAAAUGGUGAAUGGGAAUUUGUUGGAGCUGGAUGUCAGAUUAUAGAUUGUGGUACAGCACCGAAUAUAACACAUGCAACACCAGUAUUGGAUGCAAACUACAUUUAUAAAUACCAAGGAACAGUGAAAUAUAUUUGUGAUGAAGGAUACAUGUUGAUUGAUCCAGAAACUGUUAUAACUUGCCAAUCGAAUGGAAUGUUUGCCGAUGCAGAUAUGGAAUUAUGUACUCCUUCUUCGUGUGUUGUAGAUACUGACAUCAAACACGGUUCUAUUUCAAGUCACUCAGUGUUAUUUGGAGAAAAAUUAACAAUAACCUGCGACACAGGAUAUGAAAUUGAAGAACUUCAAUCUGAUCAGGCUGUUGUAACUUGUGAGGCUGAAGGUUUUUGGUCCAGAGAUAUUUCUGCAUUAGUUUGUCAUCCACUGACAUGUGAACGGUUGGAGAUGCUUGAAAAUGGAGUAAUUUUGUUGGAUGAUGCAAUACAGAAGAAUUCAUUUGAAGAUGAUGGCUUGUUAUUGUACAACUCAACUAUAAGAUACAAAUGCAGCAGAGGAUACACACUGAAGGGUAUCUCCAAACAACAGUGCUUACCAGAUGGUACGUGGACAGGAUCCUUACCAUUGUGUGAUCCAGUGGAAUGUGGAAGUCCACCAUUUAUAUUGCAUGGAACGAUUUUAGGAGGAAAUAAGUCGAGCUAUGGCAAUGAAAUAACAUAUGAAUGUGAUGUUGGAUAUAAAUUAGAACCAGAAAGAAGUUCCAGGAGAGUUUGCAAUGAAAUGGGAUCAUGGACUGGAAGACACCCCUUAUGUACAAUCGUAACUUGUGGACCUCCUCUGCCCGUUGAAAACGCAGAUGUUGAAAGCUAUGCAUACACUUACGAAAGUGAAAUAGGUAUCGUGUGCAAUGUCGGCCAUGUUAUGACUGUUGGAGAAGAAAUGAGAAUAUGUCAAUCUGAUGGAUCAUGGUCAGGAAUGGAAUCGGUUUGUGAAAGAAUAAAUUGUGGAAUUCAUCCUCAAGUUGAGCACGGAUUUGUUGAACCAAACAAUGCUUCUCAUUAUCAAGAUGAAGUUGUGAUCACAUGUGAAGAUGGAUAUGAACUGUUUGGUGAUGCAGUUCGUAUUUGUGAAAGCGAAGGUGAAUGGGAAGGAAUCAACCCAGAAUGUUAUCUUGUUGAGAAGAAAAGAUUCGAUAUCCCUGAAAUUGCACGUUUUUCUAUUCUCAAAUGUGAACCUCCUGUCAUGAAUAGCACUAAAGUCAAGGUGAUCGAAGGAACAGAGUUGAAAGAAUUAUACAAUGAAGGAGAGAAAAUAGAAUAUUGUUGUGCGGCAGGAUAUAUUCCGACUUCGAAUAUGAUUAUGGAAUGUAAAGAUGGAGCGUGGAUAGGACAACCAAGCUGCAUUCAUCAAUGUCGACACAAAUGUCGUAACCGUGGUCGAUGUUCAGGCAGAGACAGAUGUACCUGUUCCCAUGGGUGGACUGGUUCUCGAUGUCACAAACCAGUUUGCACUCUUCCAUGCUUGAAUGGCGGAUUCUGUUCCGGACCUUUCCUAUGUUCUUGCAAACACGGAUGGACAGGAUCUAGAUGUCAAACAGCGAUUUGCUCGAAACCUUGUCAAAACGGAGGAAGAUGCAUUGGUCCUAAUACGUGUUAUUGUCCUUAUGGAUUCAGUGGUGGUGACUGCAGUCAGACUCCUUUCUUUAGUUUGUGGUAGAAAGUUGUGUUGUAACUGCUUACUUUUUACAUUUAAUGAUUUUGACUUAUGACCCGGAAAUGAACUAUGACCAUGAACUUCGUACUGAUCUUUGUUGACGGAUUGAUUUAAACUACGACUAUGAUUUUAUUCUUUUUUUAUUUUGAAAAUAUAAUCAUGCAUUGAAAAUACUGAA